AUGUCCUGCGGUCACAUCGGAGACAUCGCUCGCUUGCAACCACCUAAACUAUCCCAGUCGGUGCAUCGUGAGGAGUGUACUCAAUGCUUUGACAACCAAGACAGUCCUCUCGGAGUUGAUGUUUGCUUGACUUGCUUCAAUGGAGCGUGCCUGGACAAGGAAAGGCACCACGCGCGAUCUCACGUUGCGAAGACGGGGCAUUCAUUCACUUUGAAUGUCAAGCGCAAGUUGAAGCCAUCGGCUAAUAGGGCUGAAGACGAGGAGCCCCCUGCCAAAAUGAAGAAAUUGGCUAUCGUUGAAGAGCGUGAGGAGGACAAGUACGAACACAAGACGGUACUGAAAUGCUGGAAAUGCGACGCCCAGAACGGCCUUGAGCUCCCGGACGCUUCAGCAGACCCGCAUGUGCAGUCUCUCGUUACGGGAGUCAUGCAAUCACUGUCAUCCGCUCGCCAGUCCGAGGUUAAAGCUUGGGAGGAGGAGAUCGCAGCUUGCGAACACACCCUGAUGCUGGAGCAGCUCGCUACGGGCCCUAUUGCUGCUUCUGGUCUCGCACAUUGCCAGAAGUGCGACCUGAAGGAGAACCUCUGGCUAUGCCUCACUUGCGGUUCGCUCGGCUGCGGUCGUCAGCAAUACGGUGGUUUCGGUGGCAACGGGCACGGUCUUCAGCACUAUGAGGAGACGAAGCAUCCAGUGUGCGUCAAGCUCGGGACCAUCACUCCAGAGGGUACCGCCGACAUCUACUGUUACGUUUGCAACGACUCCAAGCUGGAUCCUGAUCUUGCGAGACACUUAGCCAACUUCGGUAUCAAUGUCCAAACCCAAACGAAGACCGAGAAGUCUAUGACGGAGCUGCAAAUCGAACAGAACCUCAAGUUUGACUUUUCCCUGACAGGAGAAGAUGGCAAGGCGUUGGAGCCCGUGUUCGGCCCAGGAUUAACCGGCCUCUCAAACCUCGGCAAUAGCUGCUAUAUGGCAUCCGUGGUGCAAACGCUCUUUUCCCUCGCGCCUUUCCGCGAGCGCUACCUCCCCACCGCAGCAACGCACUGGGAAGUCUGCCAAGAGUCCCUUCCCGCGAACUGCAUCGAUUGCCAGAUGCACAAGCUCGCCGAUGGCCUCCUCUCCGGGCGCUAUUCCCACCCCCGCCCGCACGCCGCAUCCUCCCCCUCCGCGCCGAAAGAGACGAACCCGCUCGUGCCCGUGUUCCAGGAGGGCGUGAGACCUUCGGGGUUCAAGGCGCUCGUGGGGAAGGGCCACGAGGAGUUCGCGACAAUGCGGCAGCAAGACGCGGAGGAGUUCCUAACGCACCUCAUCACCGUGCUCCGGCGGCACGCGAAGCGGCUUGGGCUAGACCCCACCAAAGAGCCGACGGGGGUGUUCGCAUUCGGGAUGGAGCAGCGGCUAGAGUGCGGGGAGUGUAGGCGGGUGAGGUAUCGCGUGGACGCGACGGAUGCGGUAAGUGUACCUGUACCGGCGAGGGAGAAAGGAAAGGAUGCGGAGGGGAAGACGGUGUAUGAGGAGGUGCCGUUGAAGGAAUGCUUGGACAUCUUGACGGGCACGGAGGCGUUGGAGUAUCAGUGUCCGUCCUGCCAGAAGAAGGUCAUUGCCACGAAGUCGACCAGACUGGCGACGUUCCCGCAGGUACUUGUCGUUCAUGCGAAAAAGUUCCAGCUCGUGAACUGGGUCCCUGCGAAGCUCGACAUCCCUGUCAUUCUGCCAGAGAACGACGUCCUCCAGCUCGAUGAGUACCUCGGCCGGGGACUCCAGCCAGGCGAGACCGAGCUCCCGAAUGACGAAGCCGUUGCAGCGCCAGGGCUCCCGCAAUUCAAUGAAGCAGCGAUGGCUCAGCUUGAGGGAAUGGGCUUUCCCACCAUCCGCUGCCAAAAGGCACUCCUUGCGACGGGCAAUGCGGACGCCGAGGCGGCGAUGGAGUGGCUGUUUGCGCACAUGGACGACCCAGACAUCGACGCGCCCAUUCAGCCCCAGGCUGCUGGUGGAAGUGGGAGCCCGGAGCCGUCGGCGGAGCAGGUGGGGAUGUUGGCGGAUAUGGGUUUCACGGAGAAGCAGGCGAGGAAGGCGUUGCGCGAGACGAGCGGCAGUGCAGAGCGCGCGGUAGAAUGGCUCUUCUCGCAUCCCGAUGAUACCGGCGAGGACGCGCCCUCUAUCUCCGCGGUCCCGAGCGGCCAACAGCAAAGCACGGAGGUUGGCGGCUCUUCGAAGCUGCCGGCGCGGUACCGACUCAAGGCGUUUAUAUCUCACAAAGGGCCAUCUGUGCACUCGGGACAUUACGUUGCGCACGUCCAUACAGCGACGGAGGGCUGGGUGUUGUUCAACGAUGAGAAGGUCGUCAAGGCCGACGCGGAGAGCGUGCGCGAGCUAAAGAAGCUCGCGUACCUCUACGUGUUCGAGAGGGUGUAG